UCCUUUUGUCCAUGGAGAAAACAGCUUCUUCUGUUGAGAGAAAUAUCAGAAAUCGCUGUCCACAGGAAAAUAUGGAUGGGAACCACAAUAGAAAGCCUGAGAGUCUAGAAGCUGCUUUGCCUUCUGAACCUCCAAAGAGAAGACGUGGAAGACCACCCAAGAAAAAGGAGGCACGGAUUGGCCCCUUACCUGAAAAGAGACCACGAGGCAGACCCAAAGGAAGCAAAACCAUCAAUACCUCUGGAUCCAUGCUGCAGGUUGAAACUUUGGCUAAGAAGAAGCCAAGAGGGAGACCCCGGAAAUGGGAAAAGGCCCCAGUGGAAGAGGCUGCCAUAAGACCAGAGAAAGAGAAGAUCUCUGCAGAUCCCGUGACAUCAUCCUUAUUCCCUCACUCUCCUACUCACCUGAGACCAAGUGACUGCGAAGCCGGAGAGUCUUAAUUUGAUCCACUGGCCACU